AAAACUGUGGUAACACUGGUCGCCGCCCGCCAUCUUCCUUUUCGCUUCUGUCAUUUCCGUGUUCCUAGCGAUUAUUUUAGAUAAUCAAAAUGCAGAACGACGCCGGUGAAUUCGUUGACCUGUACUGCCCCAGGAAAUGCUCUGCGAGCAACCGCCUGAUCCACGCGAAGGACCACGCGUCCGUGCAGCUGGUGAUCGCGGACGUGGAUCCCGCGUCGGGGCGCGCCGCCGAGGGUUCCAAGAUGUACGUGGUGUGCGGCGCCAUCCGCCGCAUGGGCGAGAGCGACGACUGCAUCGUGAGGCUCACCAAGAAGGACGGUAUUCUCACCAAGAACUACUGAUGCAGUUAGUUGUGUAAGAAUAAAUUUAUAAAAUAUAAAAAAAGUAUAAAAUCUGAA